AAGGUCUCUGUCAUCCAGACUGGAGUGCAGUAGCAAGAUCAUAGCUCACUGUGACCUAGAACUCCUGGGCUCAAGCCAUCCUCCCACCUCAGCCUCCCAAGAAGCUAGGACUACACACCACCAUAUCCAGCUAAUUUUUUUAAAAAAGUUUUUUCUGUAGAGAUGGAGUCUCACUAUGUUGCCCAAGCUGGUCUUGGACUCCUGGGCUCGAGCAGUCCUCCCGCUUUGACCUCCCGAAGAACUGGGAUUAGGUGUGAGCCAGUGUGCCUGGCUUUUUCCUUCUUUUUUAGCACAUCCUGUUUUUGUUCUAUCACUUCAUUUUUUUCCUUCCUGCCUCACAUUUUCUUUCCCCAUUUUGAAUGACGUUAGUGCUCUUCUUGUCCAGGCGUGCCGACUGGUACCUCUUAAUCAGAAUCAUCUCGUCAGCAAAGUGUCCCAGCUUAUCCACCAUUUACUUAACAGAUUACAGGUAAUUGUUGAUGAACAGCACUUGGAUUUCCUGUUGGCAUAUACUAUUUCAGCUAUUCAUCAGUGUAGUUCCUGGACACACAUGGAAAUUCUUCAAGCCCUGGCAGCUCUGGUGUACUGCAAUGGCUCAAAAUGUCAAAAGUACCUCCCAGAGCUGCUAGGCAAGACCGGACUCUUAAUGAAGUUGAGUGACUUGGCUCAGUCGGAUCCUGAAGUCAGGAGAGCUGCAGUACAUUGUAUGGCAAACUUAUGUCUCAGUAUGCCAGGACAGCCGUAUUUGGAGGAGCCCUACCAAAAUGUCUGUUUCCAAGCUUUCCUGACUAUUUUACAAUCUCCAAAAUCAUCUGAUAUGGAUGAUGUCACAUUUUGCAUGUUAUUGCAAAAUGCAUUAAAAGGUAUACAGUCACUUCUAAAUGGUGGGAGAAUGAAACUAACACAGACCGAUGAACUUGGAGCACUUUUAGCUGUGCUAAAGAAAUUCAUGUUUCACGGACUCCCUGGACUAAACAUAGAGAUGCCCACGGUGUUAUACCCAACUCCGCUUCCUCAGUAUGAUGGGCGAACACCUAUCAAACCACAGCAAUCAGAAUCCAGUGCUUCUCGACCAACUUUGAAUAAAAAGAAAAAGUCCAGAGUAAAACCAAAGAAAAUCCAGCAAGGAGAGGAGGAGGAAAAGGAAUCCAGUGGUGAAAUAGAGGCAGCCCCAGUCACUGGCACAGGCAGAGUGAACCUGCAUGAAGGGAACACUUGGUGUCCCUCCUCCCUGGGUGUCCAGAGUUUGCCUUUAGAUGGAAGUGGAGCUGCAGGAAAAGAUGAAGUCUCCUCACCCUUCAGUUCUUCCAGUUGGAAAAGGGUCAGCAGUAGUGAGUCAGACUAUUCUGAUGCUGAAGGAGGCAUGCAGAGUAAAAUGAGGUCUUACCAAGCUAAAGUUCGCCAAGGAGCCUUAGUUUGUUUUCUUUCAACUAUAAAAUCGAUAGAAAAAAAGGUUCUUUAUGGCUACUGGUCAGCCUUUAUUCCUGAUACACCUGAACUUGGCAGCCCACAGUCAGUGUCCUUGAUGACCCUUACAUUGAAAGACCCUUCUCCAAAGACACGUGCCUGUGCUCUGCAAGUUUUAUCUGCCAUCUUGGAAGGCUCAAAGCAGUUUCUUUCUGUUGCUGAAGAUACCAGUGACCACAGAAGGGCUUUUACCCCCUUCUCCGUAAUGAUCGCUUCCAGCAUUAGAGAGUUGCACAGAUGUCUUUUGUUAGCUUUGGUGGCGGAGUCAUCCUCACAGACCCUUACUCAGAUAAUUAAGUGCCUUGCAAAUUUAGUAUCAAAUGCACCUUAUAAUCGUCUCAAACUCAGCCUGCUGACCAAAGUCUGGAACCAGAUAAAGCCUUAUAUUCGCCACAAAGAUGUUAAUGUUCGUGUGUCAAGUCUCACACUCUUGGGAGCUAUAGUGUCCACCCACGCACCUUUACCUGAAGUCCAGCUACUUCUGCAACAGCCAUGUUCUUCUGGACUCAGUAAUAGCAAUUCAGCAACCCCUCACCUCAGCCCUCCUGAUUGGUGGAAGAAAGCCCCUACAGGACCCUCUCUGGAAGAAACGUCAGUUAGCUCACCUAGGGGAUCUUCAGAGCCCUGCUGGCUCAUUCGACUCUGCAUUUCCAUUGUCGUACUGCCCAAGGAGGAUUCCUGUUCAGGUAGCGAUGCUGGCUCUGCAGCAGGAGGCAACUACGAACCAUCCCCCAUGCGACUGGAGGCCUUACAGGUAUUGAGUCUUCUGGCAAGGGGCUACUUUUCAAUGACUCAAGCCUACUUGAUGGAGCUUGGAGAGGUGAUUUGCAAGUGCAUGGGGGAAGCAGAUCCAUCCAUUCAGCUUCAUGGAGCAAAGCUUCUGGAAGAACUGGGCACAGGCUUAAUACAGCAGCAUAAACCGGACUCCACUGCAGCACCUGAUCAGAGAGUGCCAGUCUUCUUGGUGGUGAUGUUCUGGACUAUGAUGCUGAACGGUCCUUUACCCAGAGCCCUGCAGAAUUCGGAGCACCCAACUCUCCAGGCGAGCGCCUGUGAUGCCCUGUCUUCCAUCUUGCCAGAGGCCUUCAGCAAUCUGCCGAAUGACAGGCAGAUCCUGUGCAUCACAGUGCUGCUCGGGCUGAAUGACAGCAAGAAUCGCUUAGUGAAAGCUGCAACUUCACGGGCCCUGGGAGUCUAUGUGCUUUUUCCCUGUCUCAGACAGGAUGUCAUAUUUGUUGCAGACGCAGCAAAUGCAAUAUUGAUGUCACUUGAAGACAAGUCUCUAAAUGUUCGAGCCAAAGCAGCCUGGUCCCUGGGCAACCUGACAGACACUCUGAUUAUCAACAUGGAAACACCAGACCCAAGUUUCCAGGAAGAGUUCUCUGGUCUCCUGCUCUUGAAAAUGUUACAAUCAGCUAUAGAAGCAUCCAAGGAUAAAGACAAGGUAAAAAGCAAUGCAGUCCGGGCCCUUGGAAAUUUGCUUCAUUUUCUACAACCGUCUCAUAUAGAAAAACCCACAUUUGCAGAAAUCAUUGAGGAGUCUAUCCAGGCCCUAAUUUCUACUGUACUAACAGAAGCUGCCAUGAAAGUCCGAUGGAAUGCUUGUUAUGCAAUGGGAAAUGUAUUUAAAAAUCCUGCCCUUCCUUUAGGGACAGCCCCAUGGACCUCCCAGGCCUACAAUGCCCUGACAUCAGUCGUGACAUCAUGCAAGAACUUCAAAGUGCGCAUCAGAUCUGCAGCUGCCCUUUCCAUCCCGGGGAAGAGAGAGCAGUACGGGUCUGUUGACCAGUAUGCUCGGAUCUGGAACGCAUUGGUCACUGCCUUACAGAAGAGCGAAGACACCACAGACUUUUUGGAAUUCAAGUACUGUGCCAGCCUACGGACCCAAAUCUGCCAGGCACUGAUUCACCUCUUGAGCUUGGCCAGUGCCUCGGACCUCCCUUGUAUCAAAGAAACCCUUGAACUGAAUGGGAAUAUGGUCCAGUCCUAUAUCCUACAGUUUUUAAAAUCAGGAGCAGAGGGAGAUGACACUGGAGCACCCCACAGCCCACAGGAAAGAGACCAGAUGGUCAGAAUGGCCCUUAAGCACAUAGGCAGCAUCCAGGCACCGACUGGAGACACAGCCAGAAGGGCCAUCAUGGGCUUCUUAGAAGAGAUCCUGGCCAUUUGUUUUGACUCAUCUGGAUCACAAGGGGCACUCCCAGGGUUAACAAAUCAGUGAAGAUCCCACCAUACUGUCUAGAUGUCGAAGGUGGCAAUAGGAAGACCUGAGCUUGAGCAUAAGAUCUGUGGGAUUUCAUCUUAGGGGCAGGAACAAUCUGUUCACUAUUUAUUUAGAAUGACUUAGCAGCCAUUUAAAUUUUCACAGAGGGCUCAACCACCUUUGGAGUGGCUCCAUAGCACUGGCCAUGGUCAGGGUUGUUGGAACAUCUGAGCUGUGCAUCCAGGAGCAGAGGAGUCAGGUUGUAAUAUGGGCCAAGCAGACGGGCUUUGAGGGCAUUUAGUCUCAGAAAAAAGAAAUGUAGAAGGAUUUCGGAAUUAGAAUUUUGUAUAUUGUAUCUGUAGUUUUGUAAUAAACCAACAAAAAAUA